AUGCGACCAGGUGACCGAAAAAGCAACCGAUGCUACCAUGGCAAGGACAAGGGCGACAACAACAGCAACCUUUGCCAUCUGUGCUGGCAACCGGGACACUGGAACAAUGUGCCCGAACAAAGGCGACAAGGGAGUGCACCAGGUGGAGGCCACAAGUGGGAGCCUUCCUCCAUCGGCUUCGUCGGUGGUCUUAUGCUCCCUCCUUCUACCGGAGCUGGAACAGUGAAUCGGGUGCAGAUCUUUGAGUGCUCGACGCCGCCCACCUGUGCCCAGACGCAAAUCUUUGAUAUUUCGGAGAUUGAUGUGCCCGAGGACUUUGCACUCCCCGAGGUUCUCAUGUAUCCCUUUGAGGAGCAAGGCGGGGGCCUGCCUGAGAGCAUCCUCUUCUCUGGGUUUGCCAUGGACGGCACGGACCUCGACGGCAACUGGACCUACCCCAACAGCGAGCUGGAGGUGAACUUGAUGGAGAUGGGCACGGACCUGCUUGCUAGUGUCCUGGCCGUGAAAAGUGGCCACCCUCAAGAUGAAGGUCGCAGUGUGGAAGUUGUGGUGGGCUCGGGGGCGGAUGUCUCGGUGGCCCCUCUGGAGUUUGCUGGUCUUGCCGUCGAGGCCGAGGGGCUGGGCAUCACUUUGCAGGACGCCGAAGGGAAGAGAAACCCACAAAUGGCACACGGCUGCUGA